AUGAGCUCUGAUAGAGGGUUUCAGGAACGUACGUUCAUCAUGGUGAAGCCAGAUGGCGUUCAGCGUGGUCUUGUUGGUGAGAUCAUUAAGCGUUUUGAGCGCCGCGGGUUCAAAUUGGUUGCGAUGAAGUUUAUGCGUGCUGAUGAAGCUCUCCUUAACAAGCACUACGAGGCCCUUGCAAAGAAGCCUUUCUUCAAGAGUCUCAUCGCUUACAUGUCUUCUGGCCCCGUCGUGCCAAUGGUUUGGGAAGGUGCUCAGGCCGUAAAACUCGGUCGCAUGCUUCUUGGAGAGACCGAUCCUGCGAUGAGUCUUCCUGGUACUAUCCGCGCUGAUUUUGGUCAGUGCGUUGGCGCCAACAUUGUCCAUGGAUCUGACGCAAUUGAAACCGCUGAUCGCGAAAUCGCUCUUUGGUUCAAAAAGGAGGAACUGGUCGACUAUAAAUCCUGCCUUGCUCCUUUCAUCCAUGCCAAUUGA